AUGGCCCUGAUAACGGCGCCAGAAAUGAGUUCAUUAAACCGGGUGAAAAAGGGGCAGGCUCAUUACCCAGCAAACUCAAUUUCCCUCGCAACUCGCAAAGAUGAUACGAGUACAAGUAACAGAAGUGAAAUAAAAAAUAGAGACAAAAAAGAUGCGGGUGAAGGUGGAGGCGGCGAGGGAGUAGAAGUAGAUGUAGAAGCGACAACCGGUAGCGGAUAUUUCGAGGUGCAGAUACUGUCGUUAACAAACAACAGGGGCACGCUGGUGGACGGUCGUUGUUGCGGCGGGGGACGUGACUCCGGCGGACGGGGUGGUUUUCCCCCUUGUUCUCAAACUUGCACAACAGCUUUUUGGCUGUGUCUUAAAGAGUAUCAGUCAAAUGUAACAGCCAUCGGCUCAUGUAGCUUUGGCAACGUAUCUAGUCAGGUGCUUGGACAAAAUACAUUUACUCUUAUUGAACCUGUGACACUUCAACUUCAUUUCACAUUCAGAUGGACGUAUAUAAGUUCGACCAAACCAGCACAGCAGCGAACUUUUGAAGCAGAGAAAAUAGGACUCAUAAUUUCCGCUCCGACGAUCGUACGCUUGUUAGUCGGAUUACGUAUUCUUGCUCUUCAGCAAUUCAGUCUCGUUCCAAAGACUGAGCAUCAUUCAUUCCAAAAUACCUCGGUCAAGAUUGUUGUUCCUCCUUGGCCCCCUUCUACCUUGUUCUCGACGAGACACAUGUCCUAA